AUGGUUGUUUUGCGUGCUGCCACAGCUGUUGGAGAAGGUUCAAUAGCGGUAUGGUCAGAGUUUGUGAGGAGACUCAGUGACGGGAUGCUUGCCAGUUUGCUGCCAAAAAUACUAAUCGCUAUCCAGCCUCUGCUGAAAUUUUCUGCUACAAACAACUUGCUGGAUAGCAUUUUCGAUCGGAAGAAGCCUCUGGAGAUUGAACAGAGCGAAGCAUUCGAAAGAACUGCAAUGGUUUUAUUGAGCAGUGAAGUGGGUGACCCAUCACGUAUUAACUUCCAUCUCAAGAGAACGUGCUCAAAUGAUUCCAAGGAACAUGUAAUCUCCAGUUGUGUGCGCAUGUUGCUUGAGGAAUGCGAUACAGUUGGUAAAGUGGUUCUUCAUAAGCUUCUGAAUGUUCUCGAU